AUGGACGUGAGAAUUGGGAUAUUAUUUCUUCUUGCUGUGUGUGCUGCUACUGGUUCCACUGCUGCUCGACAAAUGGCAGUGACGACCACAGAAACUUAUGAUAUAUCAACUAUACAAAUGAAAAACCAGAAGCAAGAAAAUGAAAUCCAAACUUCAAACAAUGUUACCAGGAAAGAUGAGGUGUGCACCUUGUGUGAGGAGUUUGCUACCCAGGCACUUGAUUACCUGGCUGAAAACAAAACCCAGAUUGAAAUUCUUGAAAAGCUUCACAAAUCCUGUUCUCGGUUGACUACCUUCGAGCAAGAGUGCAUCACUUUGGUGGACUACUAUUCUUCCGUCUUCUUUUCAUACGUUUCUAAAUUGCAAUCUGAAGAUUUCUGUCGCAAAUUCAAUCUCUGUGAUGAAAUGGAAAUCUUCUCCGUCAAACGCCAUGAGGAUAGGUGUACCAUUUGCCAACGUGCUAUUUCAGAAGUAUUGGUCAAGUUGAAAGAUCCUGACACACAGCUGGAAAUACUUGAGUUACUUUUGAAGGCAUGCAACUCCAUGGAUAAUUACGCUCAAAAGUGCAAAAGGAUGGUUUUUGAGUAUGGUCCCUUGAUCCUCACCAAUGCAGAGCAGUUUCUGGAAACAACAGAUCUAUGCUCAAUGUUACACGCCUGUAAAGCUCCUAAAGACGGUGGUGAGCAAGCAUCGACAGUGCUGAAGGCUGAUUCAUGA